AUUCCCGCGCAAAGGAUUGUGGGAAGUGGUAGAGAAAUUUCAAGAUGGCGGCGAGCAGGAGGCUGGCCAAGGAACUUGACGAGAUUCGCAAAUCUGGAAUGAAAAAUUUCCGAAACAUUCAAGUCGACGACUCAAACCUAUUGUCAUGGCAAGGGCUCAUUGUUCCUGACAACCCUCCUUACGACAAAGGCGCAUUCAGGAUUGAGAUCAUUUUCCCCACUGAGUAUCCUUUCAAGCCACCCAAGAUCACAUUCAAAACAAAGAUCUAUCACCCCAACAUUGAUGAGAAGGGCCAGGUGUGUUUGCCUGUGAUCAGUGCAGAGAACUGGAAACCAGCCACCAAAACUGACCAAGUUAUUCAAUCCCUCAUUGCACUGGUGAACGAUCCCCAGCCAGAGCAUCCCCUGAGGGCAGACCUAGCAGAAGAAUACUCAAAGGACCGUAAAAAAUUCUUGAAGAAUGCUGAAGAGUUUACAAAGAAACAUGGUGAAAAGCGGCCAAUGGACUGAGCACCCGAUGAGCAUUACGCCCUCUGUCUUUCUCUCCCCUUUGCCUCCUAUCUUAACCUGCCCGAGCAAACAUCAAGCCUCCUCAUGUCACCUAAGCACCCUUCACUUUCCUCUCUCGCUGACCACACUGCUGCUCCCUGCAGCCCAGGAGCAGCCCAGCUGAAGCAGGCAGUGAUGGCCUCAGCCUCCCUCGGACCCCUUCUCUUCCUCCUCCUCCCCAGCUGUAGAUCUUCACAGCCUCACUAACUUUCUCCUGUCAAAGUCCAAAUGGGAAAAUAAAGUUAGGGUAACAAGAUGCUCACAUGAAGAGUUGGAUAGGAGUACUCUUUUUCUGUUAGCUUAUAAAGUAUGAUGGUAAAUGCAUUUUUUUGAUUUACUUUGGUUUUUGCUUUCUCUUUGAUGAUCUUUGCCACACGAGCAAAGAACCAAUCUUGUUUUUUUCUCUCCAGACUGAAAAUAUUCCUUACUGCUUCUAGACUUUCACUGUAUUCUUAGAGAAUCCCACACCAAUCCUUGCCCAGUUUGUAACCCACUGAGCAGCUCAACACUUGUUGUCCCACGUGUGAAUAGAAUUGUUCUAAAGGUUCUUCUGUAUUAGUCAAAAAAAAAAGCUUCUCUCCAAAUCUAUCAUUGUCAGCAGACACGUCUUUUUAUGCAUUUGAUUAGUUGUACCAAAACUUUGUUCAGUGUCAAAAAUGCCUGUGUUAAUAUUCUUUUAAUGACAAAACAUCAUUUGGAUUGGCACUUUGAUAUAUAAAACUGUCAAAGUAGGAGCUGCCUGCUUGUUUAAUUUGGAGUUUUUCAUGUCUCACUUCAGCAUUGUCAUUUUACAGCCCUUUACCACGUUAAGAUGGUCAGGCAGCAGGUCACAUAUUCCCGUACCAAGAGGGACCUCAAUGGCAUGGAAAGGUGAAAGAAGCUGGAGGCAGGUUGGCUCACCUGGAGUAGAGCUCACCUGAAGUAGAGCACCUUGAAGGCAGCUGUGGGAGGGUUGGCUGUCCACACGGAAAGGGACGGGAGUGGCCAAAAGCACCAUGUAACAGCUGUUUGAUCCGAAUAAAGAUGGCUAACCAUGCUGCCUCAC